CCCAAAUCCUGUCUUUCCUCUUAGGUCGUUGAACCCAAAAGACCUGUGUUUCUUGUUGAAAAAUCUUGAACCCAAACGACAGGCCGCCACGGGAAUCUCGAAGCAGACGCGAAUUAAGUCCCAAAAUCAAGGUAUAUACCAACAGGAGUUCUGUUUGAUAGAAUUUGUGCGGAACCAGAAAGACCUUGGAAUCUCACGCAAUGCAACAAUGGAAUUUGCAGUGCCCCCUGAAUUCAAUCUAACACCCGGUGGACCACCUCUUUGGGUGUCAUUAGCAGAAAAUGGUUAUUAUGGAUUUAAGCCUACAGUUUGUGCUCUUUGCAACUCAAGGACCCAUGAUAUUUUACAAUGUCCUGAGAGGAAAUAUUUUCCAGAUUAUGUCCAAGAGUAUAUAUAUAUGAGAAUCGAUUCAAAAUGGAACUGGAAUAAUCCCCAUUCAGAGUUCUACACUAAAAGUUUGAAAGAGCAUCUUGGGCAAUAUUUCGAGCAGCUUAAUGUGCCACAAGAGCUUUCGGUGGAGGACAAGCUCGCUAAAUUGUUGGAAUUAACUGACUUAUACAUUGAAAUAACAAAUGAAGGAUUUCAAAUUCAAGCAGUAAACCGUGGGAAAAGCUAUGAUGAUCAAGAGGUUGGUGCAGGAAUUGAGGAGCCAUCUGUCUGUUAUUCACGUCCAAAGGAGGAAACAGCGCAUGAUGACCUUGAAAAUUCCAUAGAAUCUACUCCUACAAAAGUCUGUGUGCCACUCAUGCACUAUCCCGAGACUCCAAGGCGACCCGCUAAGCAGCAAGAAUGCAUGAAUACUCUGACAAAUCUAAAUAUAGGACAGCUGCUUACUGAUCAGAAAAUUUUAGAGGCGGUAACGGACAGUGCACCUACACAACCCAUCAAAUUCAAAGAAAUGCCAGAUGAGUCCUGCAAACAGGCAAAGAUCCACAAGGAAACAAAGAAAAAGCUUAAUGGCAACCUAAUUCUUCGUCAAGAAAUUCGGCCAAUGCAGAAAUUGUGGGUGUCAAAUACAAGGUUUAAGUCAGUUCGACGAAGACGUAAACAUUGCUGGAAGGGAUUCUAUUUUAUUACAACAUUUCAUUCACAUAGAAGGGCUAAUAUGAAGGAUUCAACCACUUCCCUGAAACACAUAAUUGACAAACAUCAUCUCAUUCCGUACCUACUGUUGUUGUAUGAUGCUAUCAAGGAGUGGUUGAUUAUAAGAGAACAAGUGACGUGAUUAUCAAUUCAUUCCUCUACGUCUAGCUAUAGACAUUAACUACAGCGCUUAUUGGGAGGCAACCCAAUUUUUCUAAACUCUUUUCUUUUUAUUUUCGUUCAUUUUAUUUUCUUCCUUCUAGUCUUUAUCACAAAAAAAAAAAACAAAAACAAAACAAAAAAAUCAGAAAAUUGAAAAACACAAAAACAACAAUUGUUUUUCGUUAAUCAGUAUUUUAUUUUGGGAUUUACUCGAAUUAGA